AUGGUAUUUGGUUUUACAAAGAGGGACAGGAGGGUACCUGAUUUAUCUAGGUAUGAUUACUACUAUCAGAACCAUGAAGAUUAUAACAAAAGUCCUCAGCUCUCUGCUGCUGCUGCCUCUGCUGCUUCUGCCGCAUCACCGGAUCGAACCAAUUACUCAAGGUCGCACUCGCUGGUUAGUCAUGCACCUUCAAUACCGAGACAAAGAAGUUCGGUAAAGAGCCCAGGAAGAAGGCUUUCCACAUCCUCUGCCGCUCCGCCAACGUCCAGGGCAGCAGCUAAGCAGUAUUCACAGAAGACUUACUCGUUGAGGUCGCAAAGGAGCGGAGAGUACCAUUUACACCCGCCCGGUUAUACUACUAAUGGGAGCCGUAUGAAUUCUAUGACGUCUGGUGCGAAUGUCAGAAGAAACUACGGUAAGAACAAAUCGACGGCCGGCAACAAUAACGAUUCAAGGGCCAACUCCAUUACCGUAAAGACUACACAAGUAACAGACCCUUCAGGAAGGACUCAAUCAAUUACCAAAAAGACAAUAAGAAAAAUAAAUGGGUAUGAAUACGUAGAAACCACGACUACGACUAAGAAUUUGGUUCCAUUAGGUGACUCGCAGCGUCAUUUCGAUGAAUUUAGUGAAAAUUACAUGUUGCAAGAUGACGACAUUUUAGAGGAACAAGCUAGUGAUAACAUUCACGAUAUAAUCGAGGAAAACGAAACAGAUAACGAAAAGCCAUAUUCCCCAGUAAGCGAAAGUCAUUUACAAGAUGAUUCAGAGCUAAACGUGGAAAAACCAGAUUUCCCACUUGGAUCAUAUUUCCACCAUAAGUAUUCUACAGACGUUAUGCCUCUAGAAGAAGAAAGUAGUUUAUCAAACUUCAGUGACGCAUUAGAUUAUAUUCCUCCCACCCAUCAGACCAGUAGUAAAUAUAUUCAUAAUAAAAGGAAGCAAGCAUCGACGACAAGAAGGAAGAAAAGACCGCCUGCCGUGAAAAACGCAGAAGCAGAGGCCAAGAAACCAUUAACCGAAGCAGAAAUGUAUCUGAAGGCACUAGAGGUUGCUAAAAGAAACGUUUAUCACACGGAUGCUGCUUCGGAUAACGCAUCGGCCCCCCUCGGGAGUAACAAAUCCAGGAAAAGUAGGAUGGGUCAAAAAAUGACCUUGAGAAGCAGUAGUGAUUCUCCGACGGCGACUGCUAAUCUUGUCAAAUCUAAUGUCGAGGUUCAACCAAAAAGAUUUACAAGUUCCUUCUUCAGCAGAAAUACUAAAAGCGCCCCCCAUGAAGUGCACAAUCACUCUGUGUCUACACAUUUUAAAUCGAAUAAGGCUGUUGACCCAGUUCCAGAGCCUAAAAGUGCAAACACAGGGCUAACAGAUAAAGAAAUGUAUGACCAAGCUUUGAAAAUCGCACAAGCGAGGUAUUACAACUCACAUGGUAUUCAACCUGAAGCAGUCGAUAAUAGCACUACGGCGGCUAAACCUCGUCAGGUCGGCGUUAGCCAUCUGGGAUCCACUGGGAGCAUCCCGCCCAAUGAGCAGCACUAUUUAGGGGAUUCUGAAAUUCCAGUCCAAAGCGAAGUGCAUGAAUACGAGCCCAUUCCAUUGCAGAAGACAAAAACAACUGGUUCUUCCAAAAAUAAGUUCAAAACCAUGUUCGAUAAAGUGCUGCAAUUCUCUCAAGAAAACUACGGCUACCAGCACAAGAAGGAACAAGGCGAACAAACUCCAGUUACUCGUAAUGCUGAAGAAAGCUUCCCAGCAGCGUCUAUUUCGGAAGGUGUGACAACCGCAAAGCCAUCUUCAAACGAAGGUGUGAUGACGAAUCCAGUAGUUACAGAUUCACCUUCACCCCUUCAACAACAAAUAGACUCGACUACUGCGUCCUCGAAUGGGCAAAGUCAGGGCAAUGUACCUACCUCCGCAGUAGCUUCAACAACGAGAACAAGAUCACCGGAACUGCAGGAUAAUCUAAAGUCUUCUUCUUCGCUUUUACAGGACCAAACCCCUCAGCGUCAGGAAGACGCCACGGAUCCAACAACAUCAUCGACGAAUGAAUUAUCUGCCGCUGAGCCAACAAUGGUCACUUCGACACAUGCCACUAAGACAAUACAGGCUCAAACACAAGAUCCUCCCACGAAGCACAAGAAGUCCAGUUUCUUCACUAAACUGUUCAAGAAAAAAAGCAGCCGUUAG